AUGUUUGAACGUCUGGAGGAAAAUUGGCUUCUUCCCAAAAAUGAUGAUUUUAUAAAAAAGGAAUUUGCUUCAUAUAGCUUACUUUUCUCCAAGGAUCUGGAAAUGAAUGGAGGAAGUAACCCCAAUUCUUCAUUAUACUACAUGUGUAUUGCAAUGGCUUUUGUUUUACACUAUGGCUUAACGUGCGUUAUUAACAAGAACUCCUUCAGUAAAAGGGAACUUCGUAGAUACCAUGACUCGUCAUACAUCGAUUUUGAGGAAAUUAAAAAAAAUGAUACGAGCGCAAAUUCAUCCAACGAUAAAGAUUACAACCGAACAAACAAAAUUGUCGAUCAAAUUGUAAUCCCAAAUUUUGAAAACAUAGAAAAUGGAACUAAUUCUAACAUAACGGACCAAAUUGUUUCUCACGUAAGGAGCGAAUAUUUUCCAAACAUAACAAACGAAAAAUUUGCAAAAAUAGAUGGCCAUACAUGUUCAAAUGUUCCGGGAGAUAGCUUUUCCAAAUUCGAAAGAAAAAAAUUUAUACAUUUAACAAAACACAAAUUUGCAAAACUCCCAAAAUUGAAAAUUGCAACACAAACUAGAUCCAAAUUUUCUAAGAUAAUUACACCUAGUCAAGGUAACAUAGAUAACGAAACCUGCCCCGACGUAACCAGCGAAAAGUUAUUUAAUCUGAUGAAAAAAAAAUUGCCAAUCAGUGAAUCUAAAAAAUCGCCAAUCAUUGAAUCUAAAAAAUCGCCAAUCAUUGAAUCUAAAAAAUCGCCAAUCAUUAAAUCUAAAAAAUCGCCAAUCAUUGAAUCUAAAAACUCUCCAAACACAAUAACGAAAAAAUCGCCAAACGUGGCAACAAAAAAAUCGCCAAACGUGGCAACAAAAAAAUCGCCAAACGUGGAAACAAAUAAAUCGCUUAACGUGGCAACAAAUAAAUUGUCUAACGUGGCAGCAAAUAAAUCGCCUAACGUGACAACAAAUAAAUCACUUAGCAUAGAAGCAAAGAAAGCGACUAAGGUAAAAAUACACUCACAAACGAAUACGAUUAAGAAAAAAUUAUUAGGAGCUAAAACACAGCCAUCUCAAGGAGAAAAAAAAGAAGGUAACAGAAAAGAGGAUUCGGAAAAACCAAAAAUAGAAGAACACUCGGAGGAAUGGAAAAUACAACAAUUUCAAAAUUGGAAAAACAAUUUGGAAAAAGAAUACAAUGCCUGGAAAAUUUCACUAGCGAAUGAUAACAACCAGUGGAUUCUUCAGAAAAAUGUAGUAUUUGAAAAUAUCCUGAAUAGGAUAAAGGAAAGAUGGAAAUUAUGGAAUAUAAACACUCUGAAAGAUAUUAAUGAGGGUAUAGUUAGGUUAAAAGAUUUGGAAAAUGAAGAACAGUGGAGUAAGUGGUUAGACACAAAUUGGAAACCGUAUAGUAAGCAAAUAUGGAUUGACCUCAUAGAUUCGUAUGAAAAAUUGUAUUAUCAUUGGAUACGUACCCAAUGGGAUAAAUGGAAAUCAAGAAAAAUGACCGAAUGGAUGUCACAAGAAUGGAAAGUUCACGAAGAAGAAAAGUGGGGAGAAUGGGAAACUCGGAAAUGGGCAAAAUAUUUUCAACGCAAAGAGAAAAAGGAAUGGAUCAAAUGGAUUAGAAGAAAUGAAUUGGAAAUCACCGAGAUAAGGAACUGGCUAAAGGAAAAAAAAAUUAUGAAUUUGCAAGGCGAUGGCUGGUUAAAUUGGGAUAAGUGGAAGCAGGAAAAGUUCGAUAAUUUGGAGGAAUAUAUGGAUUCCCUGAAAAAUAAAUGGCUCGCGGAGAAGAAGUGGAUGAUCUUGACGAAUGCGUCAAAGGAACGGGAACAGGCUGGAGAGCGAGACGCGCCAAGAGGGGAAAAAACGGAUGUAAAAAAUGCACAGCAAAAUAGUGAUAAAACUGACGAUCAAACUGAUAAUCAAACUAACAAACAGAAUUUGGAAAGUUAA